AUGAAAAUAACAAUAACAAGCCUUCUAUUUUUUCUUGUCAUGAUCGUCGAGCUCGCAAGUGCGGGCACACUACUUCAUAAUGGUGCAAAUUUGCCCUCAUUACGUGAUAACACCACUCUAACUGAUGCUCGUAAUGUGUUAAAGUACUUACAAGUGCUUGGUUUUCCAAGCAACAAAAUAGCGGCUACAGAUACUGUUGGAACUUUUAUCAUAUUUAGCAAUCGUACGGAAGCUAACACUACCGCUAUGACGAAGACAGUGUCAUACUGUUAUCGUAACUACGGGCAUAGUUUCUACUUCACUCAUUACAAAUACGACUAUUUUCCUAGCGGGAUUAGUUAUAUGGCAAAACUUGGCGAUGCCACCGUCAACCAUACGGACUUACCUCACUUUAGGAACAACAAACGGCUAACAACGCAAGAACUCAAUGCCUUCCAACAUCCAAUUGUCGAGUUUCAGUAA